UCGAUUUUGAAAUAAAUAUCACUCCGGUUUUGGAUUUCCUGGUCGGAUGAGAGGUGUAAAUAGGUGUCUGCAAGAACCUCUGCGUCGAUUACAUUUAGUUUUGUUGUCACUAUUAAGCAACGUCGGACGACUCACAAAAAUAAGAUAAUCUAAAGCCUAACAUUGAAAACCAAGGCGCUGUCUUUCUUCGUCAAGCGGACGAAGCUGCUAGCGUUUUUAGCCACAUUAACGUUAGUUAGCUAAGUUAGCUAGUAAGCUAAGCUCGGUCACUCCUGAAAUGUCUGCUUCGCCUGCUACGCAGUCAUCGGCUUUGGCCGGUCCUGGUUCAGGGAUGUCAAUGUUUAGGUGGUUGGAGGUGCUCGAAAAAGAGUUUGAUAAAGCAUUUGUGGAUAUUGACUUACUGUUGGGAGAAAUCGACCCCGAUCAAGCAGAUAUUACGUACGAGGGCCGCCAGAAGAUGACAAGUCUGAGCUCCUGUUUUGCUCAGCUAUGCCAUAAAGCACAAACAAUUUUCCAACUUAAUCACAAAGUUGAGGCCCAGCUGGUGGACCUGAAGUCCGAGCUGGCAGACGUCCAGGGAGAGAAGUCAUUGGUGGAGAGGGAGGUGCACGACCAGCUGCUGCAGCUGCAUGCCCUGCAGCUCCAGCUCAGCGCCAAGGCUGGCCAGGCCGUCGACUCGGACUCCAUCAAGGACCGCAUGCCCGUCCCUGCGGUGGAGCAGAUGGAGAAGGAGCUGGAGGCUAACAAGAAGGAGAAGAUGAAGGAGGCCAAGCUGGAGGCCGAGGUGAAGAUGCACAAGAAGGAGAACGACUCCCUCCGCAGGCACAUCGCGGUACUGCAGGCAGAGGUGUACGGGGCGCGCCUGGCUGCCAAGUACCUGGACAAGGAGCUGGCGGGAAGAGUGCAGCAGAUCCAGCUGCUGGGCCGCGACAUGAAGGGGCCGGCGCACGACAAACUGUGGAACCAGCUGGAGGCUGAGAUUCACCUGCACCGCCACAAGACGGUCAUCCGGGCGUGCAGGGGCCGCAACGACUCAAAGAAGCCCUUAGCCUCUCCCGUAGGCCAUGACCCGGACUGCCUCAAAAAGACUCAAGGUGUGGGCCCCAUUCGCAAAGUUGUCCUGACUAAAGAAGACCACGAGGGACUCGGAAUCUCCAUCACGGGGGGCAAGGAGCACGGCGUGCCCAUCCUGAUCUCCGAGAUCCACCCUGCCCAGCCGGCCGAGCGCUGUGGGGGGCUGCACGUGGGCGACGCCAUCUUGGCCGUCAACAGCAUCAACCUGAGAGACGCCAAACACAAGGAGGCCGUCACCAUACUCUCACAGCAGAGGGGAGAGAUUGAGUUUGAGGUGGUGUACGUGGCCCCUGAGGUGGACUCUGACGAUGAAAACGUGGAGUACGAGGACGAGAGCGGCCAUCGCUACCGCCUAUACCUGGAGGAGCUGGAGGAUGCCUCGGGCGGCAGCCGGAACAACGUCACUGCUGACGCCAACACCUCCCUACAAGCCGCCCUGGAGAAGAUGUCGGUGAGCGACGGAGCUGAGAACGGAGACACGGGCAUCUCAAGUGAGACCCCGUCUGAGGAGACGCCCUCCAAAGCAGCCGAGUCCUCCGAGAGCUCCUCAUAAGCCCAGGACAGGAGCUGGGAGAGGGGAGGACCCAGAGGAGGAGUGGGGUUGGGUGGUGUGGGGUGAGGUGGGAGUAAGGGGGGCUCUGAUUGGUGGGAUGGGACAACGGGCGAGUGGCUGGAGACUUUGUACAUGUGUGAUAUAGCCAGUGUUUUUGUCACUAUCUGAAAAGUGGCUGCAUCAAAGUUCACUGGAUGGAAGAGACCUAUUUAUGGGGUGGUGGGGAGGGACAGAGGGGAGAGGGGUCUGGAGCAGUCAGUGGGAGCCAGGUCGGGGUCACCAAAACUGAAGAGCGCUAGCAGAACUCUGUGAAAAUACUCUCUGAACACUUGGAUCUCCAAUCUUUUUCCCCGUAGUUAGUCCCUUUUUCUUUGAAGAGAGGGAAAAUUAGUGCAAGAUUUCCAUACCGAGAAGAUGGUCAAGAGAAGAACUAUGAACUUGUCUCAAAAGACGUUAUAAGACAUAUACUCUUGAUGUCUAUUUUUUUCUGUAUAAUCCAAUGUGUGGUUACUGUUGCCUUUGGCCUGAUCUGUUGCGGCACUAACUGUCAGUGCUAUGAAUGAAAAAGUAGGAACUCUGCAUUUAACAGUUUAUACACCUACUAACAUGUCCCCACCCAUGUAGACUGCACCCAGUUCCUGAUAAUCAGUUUGUAGAUAUUGUCUGUAGUUCACACACUGAUUUAUAUGAUUAAGUACAGAAGGUGGUGAAUUCCAGUCCUACACUAGUCUAAAUAGCCUCAUAUUCUGUCCUUUGAAUUCUAAGCCAAUGAAGCGUGUUAAAUGAUCCCUCACUGUUAGGUAAACGUAAAUGUAAACAAGCUUGUGACGCCGGUGAGAGCAGUAGUGUCGGAGUGUGACUCAGUGUUCCUUUUUCUUUUCUCUCUCGGUUUCCUUUCCCUGCUGCCUAGUUUCUUCACACACAUACAGUACAGGAUAUAUUAGGAUAUUAUUAGAUGGCAGACUCGUCUAACAGGGGGCAAAGCGAAAAUCAAAUGAGCAGUAUUGAAUGUUGAUAUUUAUGACACUGCACAGUCUUAAGUAGAAGAGGAUUUUAAGUGUGUGGGAGUGCCAUGGUAUCUGCUGUAUUUGUGGUUUGUAGAUCUAAAAGUCUGGAAACCUAAUGUUUUAGAGAUUAUAUGUCGAUGAGCUUGUGUUGUGCAGGGAAGGAUCAGGGUCUGUCCCAGACUGACUAGCUUGUGAAAUGGGACCGUGCCCCGUCAGACCAAACUGUAGUCCACACCUCUCUGGAGCCCAGCUCGGGGAAUCCGUUGAGGCCAUCUUGACUGGGAUAGCACUCUGAGGCCCAGUGGCAGCCGUGCUGCCAUCAUGCAGAGGGUUAGACUUUCCACGUUGUAUUUUCUGCGAUAACGUUUUAUUGCAUUUGAGUCCAAACAAGAGCGCCGUGCUGACUAGCGAGCUGUUAGCUGCUGCAUGCAGAAACAUUUUUGCUCAGACUGAAAAGUGUAAGCUUUCACAGGCACGGACUAAGCCGAGGGGAGAAUAAGUCAUGUAAAAUUGAUUAUGAUUCCUGUGAAGGAGGCCGAGCAGGACACCCUUCUAAUGAAAUAUUCAGUGAGGGACGACACAACGCUCCCUGCAACACGUUGAUUUGACUCCCAAGCCUGAUGUGUAAAGUGCAAUAUGUUGUAUUUGUAUUCCCCCUCCAUGAAGGAGCGUUCUUAGGCGGUUUCCCUUUCUUUGUGCGGCUGGUUCUGUUUUUGGCUGCCAGCUUUAACAGGGCCAGCUUUGUUUUGUUGGUGACAUUGGUGGAGUCCACUGCUUGGCUGCUAUGUCAUUCUAUCAUAGCCGAGUUGGUUUUGUCAGAGAAGUUCUUUUCCAGGAGCCCAAAGAUGACUUUUUAGACUAUAUUGUUUGCAUUGCACCCUAAUUAUUGCCUUUAGAGUACAGAGACCCAGGGCCGAUCAUGCAGUUUGGAUUGUUGGUUCUGAGAAAAGUGUAUGUGUAAACAUGCAACAGGGGUCAAGGUGAAGGGGAAUAGCAAUAACAAAUCAGAAAAAGAAAAUAAAGCCUGUACGUAUGCAAUCAGGUAUUUACAGAUAGCAGUGUCUUGACCUGGAAGACAGAGAAAACCCCAAACCUAUAAACUACCAUUUGUUGCUUGCAAGCGUGCAGCGUGUUCUUCUGACUCUCCCUACUUUGCCAUACAAGUUUACUGUUGCGUUUCUGUUCUCCACUUUUGACAUGUUACUGAGCGAAGCCCUUUGAAAAGAGGGAGUGGGGGGUGGUUUUGACAAUCUGCAGUCUAAGGCCUCACUGACGUGAAUCAUCAGUCUGGCUAAAGAGGGAGGGGGGGGGGGGGGGGUUGUUCUGGGUGUUGUGCUGCAUGAGGAUGAGGAGGGUCUCUAGGGCACCAGGACCAUGCCUGUGCCCAUAGGGGUGGGUGCGCUGUGUUCGGCACAAUUCUGAUGCUGCCGUGGUGACCAAUUUGGGAAUGAUGUCCAUGUCUACAGCCUGUUGAAAGUAGGCCUGGCCUGAAAAAACAAAGGUUCUGAUUUUUGUAUUGUUUUUAAUCUUCCUGUAUUUGUUUUAUUUGAUUUCAUUUUGUAUGGGUUUGUGUUUCUGCUCUGUUAUCCUUUCUGAUUCUGAACCUGUUUCUUAAUGUCAUAAAGAGAUGUAUUUCUGGAAACUUGGAUGAAUUUGGUAUAAAUGUCUUAUAUAUGUAGUUAAUGUAUAACAUAAAGCAUUUGAAUAAAUUUAAAUUUGCCCAGCAGAGGGGUUUGUGUGCUAAAUGGAAAAAUCA